AUGUCUUCCCUCACAGAAUGCUACAAGAACACCGAGCCGCAUUGCGAUAUGUGGUCCCAAUUGUUGAAAUACGCCCAGUCAUUCGAAAGAUACGCACCAUUCAAGCAAGACAUGGCCAAGGUCAACUCUAAUUCAACAAGCAACUUCAAGAAGUUCUCUCACAAGAAGACAUCACACUUAACCAAUCAUCAACUCCGAUCAGCAAACCCCUUCAUCGACGGCCAAAACAGUCAUUCAGUCGAGAACGGGCUCCUUGAAGCUUCACAAGCUGCUGCAGCCCAAGAUUUCGUCAACUUCAAGCUGCACAGAGCGACUGUACUGCAUUACCUGGAGCCACAAUACCUGGACAUGAUGAUGCAAAGAAGCGUCUUCAAUCGAUAUCUUGGAGACCUGAGUGACUCCGGAGCUUUUUUCUGUAUCGGACACAAUGAUCCAUGUGGAUCAGAUGAUUUACCCUUGGCCAUGGUCUACCUUGAGAACUAUUCUCGCGCUUUCCAACGACAUCUCGAUAUCUAUACUCGAACACGGAUGAUCAGGCAGAGACGAACUUUCGAGUCGCUUUACAGCUCUAUGCCGCGAGAGGAAGCCAUGAAUAUAGUUUACGACAUGGUUGAGCAUGGAAGCUUGGUGGACUUUGGUGUCUUUUGGUCGCUGUUUCGUUCUGUUUGCGACGAUAUGGAUACCCAAUUCUUCGAGAUUGUUUCCGCCAGAGAAGGAUUGUUCUUGGGUGACGUUGGAAAGUACAAAGCUUGUUCUCUUGAUGCAGAGCUUGGAUCAAGUCAGAAGCCCAUGAGGUGGCUUGAUGAGAUGUUGACCAGUGAUAGCGACGCUGACUCGGAUUGA